AGGCCGCGGGAGGGGGCGCCAGGAGCUCAGGCUCCGCCCCCGCCGGAAGGGAAGGGGAGGCGGUGGCCAGCUCGCAGCGAGCCAGACGCAACGGUGAGAGCGGCGGGGGCGGCCAGGCUGCGGGACCGGGCGGCUACCGGGUGCACCGAGCCAGGGGCCGGAGCGGGCGCACCGCCAACGCAGUCACGUGCGCGGCCCCUCCUCUCUCGCACACCUCCGCGCGCCUCGCUUUCCAUUCAUAAAUUCUCCGGCUCCGCGGCCACCGAGCUUCAGAGCCAACCGGGAGUGCCGUGCAUCUGCCGCCCGCCCUCCCGCCGCCCAUGGGCCGCACGCCCCGGCGCUGAGCCUCAAAAUGCAGCCCACGGCCACCAUGGCCACAGAGGCCACCACCGCCGCCACUGUUGCCCUGACGACUUCGUGGGACAAUACCACUAUCCGCCCCACGGCGGAGCCCGACCCCAUCUUGGACAACUAUGUGCUGCUGGUGGUGGUGAUGUCACUGUUCAUCGGGGGCACACUGGUGGUUCUGUCUGGUGUUCUUCUGCUCUGCAAACGCUGCUGGGAGGUGCACCAGCGCUUCAACAGGGCCAUGGAUGAAGCAGAGAAGACCACCACCACCUACCUGGACAAUGGCACCCACCCUAUACAAGACCCCGACUGCAGGGGGGAAGACCCCGAGAGCCAGGACACGGAGACAGAGCGCUUCCUAGCCACCAGCUCCACCGGCCGCCGCGUGUCCUUCAAUGAGGCUGCCCUGUUUGAACAGAGCCGCAAGGCUCAGGACAAGGGCCGCCGGUACACCCUGACGGAGGGGGACUUCCAUCACCUGAAGAAUGCCCGCCUCACCCACCUCCACCUACCGCCCCUCAAGAUUGCUACUAUCCAUGAGUGUGAUCCAGGUGAGGCCAGCUCAGUGGCCACACCCCACCCAGCUACCACCCCCAAAGACAGCUUGGCUAUUUUCCAGCCCCCUGGGAAGGCCCUCACUGGCCAAUCAGUGGGUCCCAGCUCUGCCCUGCCAGGCGACCCCUACAACUCUGUGGACUUCUCGGAGAUCCGCCCCUCCUCCUCCACCGACUCUGGGGAGGGCACCUCGUUAGAUGCAGGUGUCCGGGGGGCCAAGGCUGCUGGGCCUGGGCCUGAGACAGCACCUGGGGAGAUGGGCACAGGCUCUUCAGGGCCAGGCACUGUGCUGCAAUUCUUCACACGGCUACGCCGCCAUGCCAGCCUGGAUGGGGCCAGUCCCUACUUCAAGGUCAAGAAAUGGAAACUGGAACCCAGUCAGAGAGCAUCCAGUCUGGAUACAAGAGGUUCCCCUAAGCGGCACCACUUUCAGCGGCAGCGUGCAGCCAGUGAGAGCAUGGAGCAAGAGGGGGACACCCCCCAUGCCGACUUCAUUCAGUACAUUGCCAGCGCAGGCGAUUCGGUGGCCAUCCCACCCCCCCGCCCCUUUCUGGCCAGCCCCACCAGCCCGCCCCCCACUCUCGGCAGGCUAGAGGCAGCCGAGGACGCGGGAGGAGCAAGCCCCGAGACUCCUCCGGAGCACAGCAUCAGUUUGGGGCCAGAGCAUGCGCAGCAACAGGACCCGCGGCAAGAGCAGGACGUCGAGCAUGCACAGUGCAGCUACCGUGACCUGUGGAGCCUUCGUGCUUCGCUCGAGCUCCAUGCGGCUACUGCAUCGGACCACAGCAGCAGCGGUAAUGACCGCGACUCUGUGCGCAGCGGUGACAGCUCAGGCUCAGGCUCCGGAGGUGGAGGCGUAGCACCCGCCUUCCCUCCCCCACCCGAGUCUCCUCCUGCUCUGCGGCCUAAGGACGGCGAGGCCCGCCGCCUGCUGCAGAUGGACAGUGGGUAUGCGAGCAUCGAGGGCCGCGGUGCAGGUGACGAAGCCUCCGAACUUCCCGCUCCAGCCCGCAGCCCUCCCCGCAGCCCACGAGCCUGGCCACGUAGGCCACGCCGCGACUACAGCAUAGAUGAGAAGACGGACGCGCUUUUCCACGAGUUUCUGCGCCACGACCCGCAUUUCGAUGACGCACCACGCCAUCGUGCACGUGCGCACCCUCACGCCCAUGCGCGUAAACAGUGGCAACAGAGAGGCCGGCAGCACAGCGAUCCAGGCGGCGCACGCGCGGCCACACCCCCCGGGGCGGUCCGUCCAGCUCGUGCGCCUUUGCGACGGGGUGACAGUGUCGAUUGUCCUCCAGAAGGCCGUGCACUGCCAACCACGGGUGAUGACCCAUCUAUUCCCGUCAUCGAGGAGGAGCCUGGAAGCGGAAGCGGUAGUUGCCCAGGCUCCGGGCUGUGUGUCGAGCCCGCCGGGGCACUGCUGGACAAGCUGGCAGCUAGCCUCGAUGAGAGACUCUUCUCGCACCGUCUUGCUGAGCCUGUUGCCUCAUCCCCGGUGCUGAUUGUCGCUGCUGCCCCCACGUCUCCCGACCACAGCCCAGCCUAAGCUCUGAAGUCCACC